GCUUCCCUGGACCCCGAGACCACUUGGAAACCAGGCAGGAGACUGGAGUAAAGAGCAGGAAAGUCGUAGGGGAGGGAGAGGCCAGCUCUGAUCCAGCUCCUCUCGGCUGCAGAGACUUUUCACCACCCCCUCCAUCCCUCCUCCUCUCCAGCCCCGCACCGACCUGCCCAGGUUGAUGUCGCCAUGCAGCACUAUGGAGUGAAUGGGUACUCUCUUCACGCCAUGAAUUCUCUGAGUGCCAUGUACAACCUCCACCAGCAGGCAGCACAGCAAGCCCAGCAUGCCCCCGACUACAGACCCUCGGUGCACGCCCUCACCUUGGCAGAGAGACUGGCCGGCUGUACAUUUCAAGACAUCAUUUUGGAGGCCCGCUAUGGAUCCCAGCAUCGUAAACAGAGAAGAAGCCGCACCGCCUUCACUGCCCAGCAGCUGGAAGCCCUAGAGAAAACUUUCCAGAAGACUCACUAUCCAGAUGUGGUGAUGCGGGAGCGACUGGCCAUGUGCACUAACCUCCCAGAAGCCAGAGUUCAGGUUUGGUUUAAGAACAGAAGAGCCAAAUUCCGGAAGAAGCAGCGCAGCCUGCAGAAGGAGCAGCUGCAGAAGCAGAAAGACUCUGAAGGGAGCCACAGCGAGGGGAAGAUGGAAGCCCCCGUGCUGGAAACGCAGACCCCCACCCCGGAUGCGGAGAAAGCCCAGAGCCUGCCGAGCGAGGUAAGCACGGAGCUCAACCUGACACUGUCGGAGCAGUCUGCCAGCGAGUCAGCCACUGAGGACCAGACAGACCGCGAGGAGGAGUUUAAGAGCCCCCUGGAAGAGGCCAAAGCAGACAAGAGCCCUAGCGUGGACAGCAAGGCAUUGAACUGCAAGCGUGCAAGUCCUAAAGCAGACUCUCCCAUCAGUGCCACGGUGACCCCCUCCUCCAGUAGCGGCAUGGCGCAGACUCACUCGUACUCCUCCUCGCCCCUGAGUCUCUUCCGCCUGCAGGAGCAGUUCCGUCAGCACAUGGCAGCCACCAACAACUUGGUCCAUUACUCCUCCUUCGAGAUGGGCACCCCGUCGGCCAUGCCCUACCUGGGCAUGAACGUCAACAUGGCGCCUCUCAGCUCCCUGCAUUGUCAGUCCUACUACCAGUCGCUCUCCCACGCCCAGCAGGUCUGGUCUUCGCCCAUCCUGCAGGCUUCCAGCUCUCUCCCCAGCCUGAACAGUAAAACGACAAGUAUCGAGAAUCUACGGCUCAGAGCCAAGCAACAUGCUGCCUCCCUGGGACUCGACACCUUACCAAACUGACCCCGAACGGGGUGGGGGGGUGCACCGUCAGCCCCCAGAAACAGGCACCGUGCCCCGUUAGUACUGAAUGUGUUGCUCUCCUCACAAAACACGCAGCUUCCCAUCUCCGUCUGGAUCCAGGUGCUCUCGUGCCGGGGCGGCAGGGGGGCGCGCGGGGGAGGGAUUUUAGAUGAGUUUCUUUGGUAGCACCGCUAUGGCAUCGGGCAUUGCUACUCCUGGCUUUCACUCACGAUUUACUAAGGGAGGGAAAGAGGGCAGGCGUCCUGAGGGAAAGAUAACGCUGUCCUCAGGACACUAAGGAGGUAUCACGCCCAGAAAGGUCCUUCUUUUUCUUGAUACUGUGAUCACGUGCUGACUGUGAUAUAUAUAUAUAUUUUUUUUUUUUUUUUGCUUUGGUUUGAGUCGUUCUUUGGGAAAAGCUAGCCCUGCUUCAGACUGUAUAUAGUUUAUAAUGUUGGGGGGGGGUUGGAAAAAACGUCCUUCACUUGUGUGUUACUGUCAGUGUUGCAGAAUUGUGAAGUCCUUUGUUUUUACCCCCUUUUCUUUCAGAUUUCUAGUUGUGAGUAGCUAGAAUUGAAAUCACAAUCCAAAAAGUGGGGGGGGAAACCCCCUAAGCUCUGAGCUGGCUGCUCCUAUUGGGUCAAACUUCUACGUGAUGCUAGCACAAAAAAAGAGGAAAGAUUUUGAACUCCUCAACUUGUCUUUUCCAGUUCUCUGCUAAAAAAAAUAAAGGCCAGGAAAUGAUGUAAAGACCCAUUUCCUGUUCAAGCACUUCCUGUGGGGUAGGAACUACUUUUUUUUUGGUUUGUUAUUUUUAAAGCACUUCUUCAAAGACAGAGGGCAAGGGCUCUACCACAAAUACCCUUGGCUCUAGAUUGAGCAUAUGUGGGAGGAGAGCUUUUGCCAGAUUUGCAAGACUAUUCUUCAUUUUUUCAAUCCGGAUCGUUGCAUCUUUGUUCUUGGCUGCUGUGUAAACUCUGCUCUUUAUAAACGGCGUUGUUUUGAAAGCGUUUGGCUCCAACUUAGACAACAGAGAACAAUAAAAAGUCCAUAUGAGCUCCUGCUGAGUUCAUACACCAUUUGCAUUCUUGGGGGCUUUGACCAAGCAGUGAUUAAAUCAAGCUGUGCUUAGGAAAAUUGUCUCUGUGCCAAAUGUUACCCUCAGAUGCAAGUGCUGGGGGCUUCUCACUGAUCUCUAAAACUGGUUAGCCUAGAGACC